AGCUCCUUGUUGCCUUUUGUUUCAUUGGUUAUGGUUAUUUCUUUCCUAUGUCUCUUCUCUGAGUUACUGAAUUGCUAUUAGCUUAAGGCCUUGCCUUAACAUAAACGGAGAGAUGAAAGAUGCCAUAGAGAAGAGAAAAACUUCAGCCGUGCUUUACAACAGAAAAUAUACCACUCUCAAGGACUGUUUUCCAUGGCUUCUAAUGGAAUCUGCUCAGUAGAGACAUCGGCUUUGCUGGGCCUCACAGUGGCAGGAAGAUCAUGAGUGACUGCAGAGACUUGUUCCAGUGAAAGCUAAAGUGGGAAUAAUCAUUGUCACCUGCUUCUGGAAAUGACUCUCUCCUUGGACUUUUCUUGGCUCCGGUGGAAAUGGCAAACCCAAAAUGGCUUCCCCCAGUCCCCUUCAGAAAGCACACCACUGCUUUCUCCAGACAUGGGCCGGCAGAGCUACAAUCCAAAAGAGCAGCGAGUGGUGUACCCCAACAAUGGCAUGUGUCAUCAGGACUGGAAGAAGGUCUCCAGGAGGUACCCAGGCAACAGUAUCUGCACAACCAAGUACACCCUGCUCACCUUUCUGCCCCAGAAUCUCUUUGAGCAGUUUCAUAGGUGGGCCAACCUCUACUUCCUGUUCCUGGUGAUUCUGAACUGGAUGCCCUCCAUGGAAGUCUUCCACAGGGAAAUCACCAUGUUACCACUGGCCAUUGUCCUGUUUGUCAUCAUGGUCAAAGAUGGCGUAGAGGACUUCAAAAGAUACCGCUUUGAUAGAGAGAUGAACAGUGCCAGCAUUCAAAUAUAUGAAAGAAAGGAGCAGAGCUACAUGCAGAAGCGCUGGCAGGAUGUGCGUGUGGGGGAUUUUGUCCAGAUGCGGUGCAAUGAAAUCAUCCCAGCGGACAUCCUUCUCCUCUUCUCCUCAGACCCCAGUGGGGUCUGCCACCUGGAAACUGCCAACUUGGAUGGAGAGACCAACCUCAAGCAGAGACGUGUUGUGAAGGGCUUCUCACAGCAGGAGGUGCAGUUCCAACCCGAGUACUUCCACAGUACCAUCAUAUGUGAGAGGCCCAACAACCACCUCAGCAAGUUUAAGGGUUAUAUGGAGCAUCCUGACCAGACCAGGACUGGCUUUGGCAGCGAGAGUCUUCUGCUCCGAGGCUGCACCAUCCGAAACACCGAGGUGGCGGCUGGCAUCGUCAUCUACGCAGGUCAUGAGACGAAAGCCAUGCUGAACAACAGUGGGCCCCGCUACAAACGCAGCAAUAUUGAGCGGCGCAUCAACAGGGAUGUCUUUUUCUGCAUCGGCCUCCUCUUCCUCAUGUGCCUUAUUGGAGCUAUAGGCCAUAGCCUCUGGAAUGGGACCUUUAAAGAGCAUCCUCCCUUUGACGUGCCAGAUGCUGAUGGGAACUUCCUUUCUCUUGGCCUUGGAGGCUUCUAUAUGUUCCUCACAAUGAUCAUCCUGCUCCAGGUGUUGAUCCCGAUCUCCUUGUACGUGUCCAUCGAGUUGGUAAAGCUCGGGCAAGUGUACCUCCUUCAUAAUGACCUGGACCUAUAUGAUGAAGAAACCGAUUUGUCUAUUCAAUGUCGAGCCCUCAACAUUACAGAGGACCUGGGCCAGAUCCAGUACAUCUUCUCUGACAAGACGGGGACCCUGACAGAAAACAAGAUGGUGUUCCGGCGUUGUACCAUCGUGGGCAGUGAAUAUUGUCACCAAGAAAAUGCCAAGCGAUUGGAGAUGCCAAAGGAGCUGGACUCAGAUGGAGAGGAAUGGACCCAAUACCAGUGUCUGUCCUUCCCACCUAGAUGGGCCCAGGGCCCAGCAACGAUGAGAAGCCAAGGAGGUGCCCAGCCUCUGAGGAGGUCCCAGAGUGCCCGGGUCCCCAUCCAGAGCCACUCCAGACAAAGGUCUGUGGGACGCUGGGAGACCUCACAGCCUCCGGUGGCCUUCAGCAGCUCAAUAGAAAAAGAUGUGACUCCCGAUAAAAACCUCCUGAGCAAGGUGAGAGAUGCUGCCCUGUGGCUGGAGUCCUCAGACACCAGACUCCCCAAGCCUUCCCAUUCCUCCACUGCCUCCAUUGCUGACUUCUUCCUCGCCCUGACUAUCUGCAACUCUGUCAUGGUGUCCACAACCACUGAGCCCAGAAAGAGGGUUACCACUCCCCCCUCCAACAAGGCUCUGGGGACGUCCUUGGAGAAGAUUCAGCAGCUGUUCCAGAGGCUGAAGCUGUUGAGCCUCAGCCAGUCAUUCUCCUCCACCGCCCCCUCGGACGCAGAUCUAGGAGAGAGUCUGGGGCCGGCCAUGCCCACCACAGACUCAGAGGACAAAGAUGAUGUAUCUGUAUGUAGCGGAGACUGUUCCACGGAUGGAGGUUACAGAAGCAGCACAUGGGAGCAGGGGGACGUCCUGGGGUCCGAGUCAGGGGCUUCUCUAGAGGAGGGGCUGGAGGCCCCAGCUCUCAGCCUGGAUGGACCUGAGCUCUGCUAUGAGGCCGAGAGCCCUGAUGAGGCAGCUCUCGUGCAUGCUGCCCGUGCCUACAGUUUCACACUGGUGUCCAGAACACCUGAGCAGGUGACUGUGCGUCUACCCCAGGGCAUCUGCCUCACCUUUGACCUCCUCUUCACCCUGGGAUUUGACUCUGUCCGGAAGAGAAUGUCAGUGGUGGUGAGGCACCCGCUGACAGGUGAGAUCAUCGUCUACACCAAGGGUGCUGACUCAGUUAUCAUGGACCUGCUAGAAGACCCAGCCUGUGUGAGUGAUAUUGAUGUGGAAAAAAAGCUGAAAAGAAUCCAUGCCCGGACCCAAAAACAUCUGGACUUAUAUGCAAGAGAUGGCCUUCGAACCCUGUGCAUUGCUAAGAAGGUUGUAAAUGAAGAGGACUUCCAGAGGUGGGCCAGUUUCCGGCGUGAAGCUGAGGCAUCCCUUGACAACAGAGAAGAGCUUCUGAUGGAGACAGCCCAGCACCUGGAGAAUCAUCUCACCUUACUCGGAGCCACAGGAAUUGAGGAUCGACUCCAAGAAGGAGUUCCAGAUACCAUCGCUGCACUUCGGGAGGCUGGAAUCCAGCUUUGGGUUUUGACAGGAGAUAAACAGGAGACAGCAGUCAAUAUUGCUUAUUCUUGCAAACUGCUAGAUCAGACGGACACCGUGUACUCCAUUAACACAGAGAAUCAGGAAACCUGUGAGUCCAUCCUCAACUGUGCAUUGGAGGAUGUAAAGAGUUUUCAUGAACCACAACAGCCAGCCCGAAAACUCUGUGGGUGCCACAUGCCAUCUAACAUGCCAACUGUUAACUCAAGAGCUCUGGCUCCUGAAGUUGGACUGGUCAUUGAUGGGAAGACACUGAAUGCAAUUUUCCAGGGAAAUCUGGAAAAUAAGUUCCUGGAGUUGACCCAGUACUGUCGGUCUGUCCUGUGUUGCCGCUCCACCCCACUCCAGAAGAGUAUGAUUGUCAAGCUGGUGCGAGACAAGUUGAGCGUCAUGACUCUUUCCAUAGGUGAUGGAGCGAAUGACGUAAGCAUGAUUCAAGCUGCUGACAUUGGCAUUGGAAUAUCUGGGCAGGAAGGCAUGCAGGCUGUCAUGUCCAGUGACUUUGCCAUUGCCCGAUUCAGCCACCUCAAGAAGCUGCUUCUCGUGCACGGCCACUGGUGUUACUCGCGCCUGGCCAGGAUGGUAGUGUACUACUUCUACAAGAAUGUAUGCUAUGUCAACCUGCUCUUCUGGUACCAGUUCUUCUGUGGUUUCUCCGGCUCCACCAUGAUUGACUAUUGGCAGAUGAUAUUCUUCAAUCUCUUCUUCACCUCCUUGCCUCCCAUCGUCUUCGGAAUCCUCGAUAAAGAUGUCUCUGCAGAAACGCUCCUGGCAUUGCCUGAGUUAUACAAGAGUGGCCAGAACUCCGAGUGCUACAACCUGCCAGUGUUCUGGAUGUCCAUGGCCGAUGCAUUCUACCAGAGUCUCAUCUGUUUCUUUAUCCCUUACCUGACCUACCGAGGUUCAGAUAUAGAUGUCUUUACCUUUGGAACACCAAUCAACACCAUCUCGCUCACCACCAUCCUCUUGCACCAGGCAAUAGAAAUGAAGACAUGGACUGUCCUCCAUGGCCUUGUCCUCCUCGGCAGCUUCUUGAUGUACUUCGUCGUCUCCCUGAUAUACAACGCCACUUGUGUCACCUGCAACAGCCCCACCAAUCCCUACUGGGUGAUGGAAAGGCAGCUCUCAGAUCCCACAUUCUACCUCAUCUGCCUCCUCACACCGGUUGUGGCUCUUCUACCAAGGUACUUUCUCCUGUCUCUGCAAGGGACGUUCGGGAAGUCUUUAAUCUCAAAAGCUCAGAAAAUUGACAAGCUGCCCAUAGACAAAAGAAACCUUGAAAUCGAGAACUGGAGAAGCAAACAGAGACCUACCCCUACCCUUGCCUCUGCCCCUGCUUCUAGCCCUGCCCAUGCUCAGCCCCCAUGCCAUACAGUACCACCUACACGACAACAGGACUUAGGAACCAGCACCCCAAAGAACUCUAGCCCUCCCAGGCAGAAGCACACUGAAGACUGGGUUCUCCAGGGUCCAAGAUGCAGCAGAGAAUUUUCGAGGGAUGACACAUGUUCAGGAGACACCUUGGCUAAACUCUCAUCUGGGCAAUGCCUUCUGGGCCCAAACAGAACAGCGGCUCCCACAGCCUAUACCAGGGGACAGAAGGAUAUGGCUCGUAACUCAAGCAAAGGCAGUCAUCGCCGGUCUCAGAGUUCGCUGACUAUUUGAGGGGGCUACAGAAAUCAGAGCUUGAUCCAAACUCAGAAGAGGCCACCCCAAUCACUGACAAGUGACCCUAGUCCCCUUCCUCUCUGUAGAGGAAUGACUGCCAGUUUUAUCAAUUCUCCUCACCAGGGUUGACUUCCUUCAGGAAAUGCUGGCCCCAGAGGAGCGGAGCAAAACUGACUUUGGCUUUCUUCUGCUGCCAGGCAGCACAUUUUGAAAACAAUAGUCUGGAUCCAGAUGUUAUGAGGUUGUUGCAUUGUGUUCCAAAGUUUUAGCCCAAGCACAUCCUUGUGCGCUUCUAAAUGAGUAAAGCCUAUGAGCCCAGUGCAAUCCGGCAGCAAGUAUCCAAGACUCCAACCAGUGUUAUAAAUCUUUGAAAUUAUCAGAAUAUGGGAGUUACUCGGCUUGUCAAGCCAUCACCUCACCUCACCCGAGAGUUCAAGUUUCAGAAGAGACCUGCGCACACAACAGCUUCAUCUCAAGGUCACUGCAGUACCAAGUCAUGGAUAACACCCCUUCCAUGAACAGAGUUGGGUCUGCUUCCUUCCUCUAAGCCAGUGGUUCUCAACCUUCCUACUGCUGCGACCCUUUAAUACAGUUCCUCAUACUGUGGUGACCCCAACCAUAAAAUUAUUUCAUUGCUACUUCGUAACUGUGAUUUUGCUACUGUUAUGACUUGUCAUGUAACUAUCUGAUAUGCAGGCUAUCUGACAUGCAACCCCCCCCCCAAGGGAUUGUGACCCAGGUUGAGAACCACUGCUCUAAGCCAAAGAAAACUAUAUCUAAAGAUGAAAAUGGCAUUAAAUGGGAUUUAUGUGCAGAACAGAUACUACCAACUGCUGUAAGGUUACAACUCAUGUAAGAGGCAGGAAGAUUAUACAUACUAAAGAUUUUCCACUAAUGGACCACAUGCCCCACCAUCUGAGGAAUAUUCCUAAAGUACACAGCAUUCUCUUCCUAAAACUACUUAUUUAUUUGGAAAUAAAAUUGCCCGUCCUCAUUCAACUCUUACAGUGGGAGAUACCAGGAAUAAGAUCUUAUCCCAGCUUCCUGCAAAAAGAGGCCCAUAUGACAGAGCAACUAGGAAUGCAAAGUGGCAUCUUCAAGUUUAAAACCUACACUAAUCAGCUUAUGCCAGAAUGCCAUGGCCAUCCAUUGGCCCGUGAUUCAGCUAAGGUCAGCAGUCAUGGGGAAAGAAUUCUAUGUGCUUCAUAUCCCUAGAAAUUGUAAAUGCUAGAAAUGUUGAAGAGCUCAAAGAUUUCUAUAAAAGGCUGGAUGACAGUUUUCAAAGGCUGUCAAGAUAAGCUAGAUCUGCUGUGACCAGCAAUGGUCUAUUCAAGUCUUCAAAGUCAAGUCAAGGAGUGUUCUUUGCCCUAGUCUCCUUAAGGCAGUGCCUACACAUUAAAAGUCCAAGGAUAGGCAAACUGUAACCUUUGUACCCAAGUCAUCACCACGAGCCAUGAGUUGGCCUGUCACUUAAUUUCUCAGCAAUGAUAAUAAGAGCAAGCUCAACAAUCAAGAUGGCAAAUGGCAGAGUGAGCGGACUCUCUGUUCAUCCUUGUGGAAAACAAAGACUGGAGGAGCCAUUUGGAGGAUCAUCUCUGCCAUGUAAUGAUGCCAGCAUGAGCCAAAAGGUGGGGACUUGAUUAUCCUACAGAAAAAAUGAUAUGGCCAUAAGGAGGUGUGGGAUGAAAGAUGAAUAAGCAAACAUGGAUUGUUCCAAGUAAAGAGAUUCAUCAAAACUUGGAUUUCACCUCCUUUUACCUAUGAGACUCCUGCCUACUGCCAAUAGUCAGAAAUCCUCAGUAAUAUAUUCUAGAAAAUAACAGAGCAUUGGCUCCAGUGGAUUGGAGUUUAAGUGUUUGCUUUUCCCUGUAGCCUUUAAAGGACCUUGAAGCAGGUCACCAUGCUUGCAAAUUAAGUUUAAACAGCUCUACCUCCUGGAAUCAAGAUCGAGUCCAAAUUGCAUACAGUGCACUGAUGAGGCUUUCAAAAAGCAGGUAGUCCUUAAGACCAGAGAGAGUCUCACUUCAGAGAGAAAGGAAGGGAUGGGAAGCUGAAAGAAAAUGUGACACCCCUGCCCUUACCGAAAUCCAUGCUCAGCACAGCAUUCAGACGCUGCUCUUUCUUGCCUGACCGAUCAUGUCAGUUUGCCUGGGAUGAUCCCAUUUUUACCGUUUCCCACAUGCUGGGGAGCCUGGGCCAUCUGGUCACAAGUGGUCACUUACUUUUGCCACUCUUUGUGGUCCAAACCAAACCAAACCAACAGUGUGACUGUCUGAUGUGCCACCUUCCUCAGAGGGAAGCUCUACACUCCCUCUAUAAUGUAAUGCUAGUGAUGGUAUGUAGUAUAUGUUAUAUGUGUAUAAUCUUUUUACUGAUUGACUGGAAAAAUGUCACCUUUUGUUUUUUAGAAAGAAAAAUAAACUUGGUUUUUCCACAGUU